CUGUAUUUCCUUAUCUUAUCUUAUAUCCAUGCGGGUCUACAUAAAGUACGUACCUAGGUACAUACAUGCAUGGAGGUAGGGACUCACUUGUAUGCUGUGCUAGGUACAUGCAUGUAGGUAAACUUAUAGGUCUGAUAAAGAUUUUUUGUUUACUGGAAUGACGAAGUGGCGGCAGCUCUUAUCUAUAACGUCUUUAUUUUUUCUUAUUUUUUUAGAAGUAGGGUAUGUUGAAGUGACUCUAUCGUCAAUAUUCAACAUGCUUCAUGAUUCACCCUAUCACAAAGAUGCAUUCACCCAUCAGAAGAAGAUGCGGGCUACCUGUAUAUAUGAGUGCUAAAAAGUGGAAGCCUCGGUUCGGGUUGGACUAGACCCCGAAUGCUUAACAUUCAAUACACUAUUGCCUCGGCUUCCCCAGCUCUAAUCUUUGGGGAGAUCGUGUACCAAAUCCUGAAUAUACCCCGAUUUUCACAUCUCCAUCCGUUCUUAUUACUAUUCCCAUUGCCGCGCUUGUUGCCGAUACCAAGACUUUCCCCCUUUUAGUAUUUGCAUCUCUAACUACUUAAUCUACCCCAGAUUUCUUGAUAUAGAAUAACAUUGAAGCUAAAGAAGCGUCUUCCUCAUCUUAUCAUAUUCUACAAUUUUACAUUACCACCCAAAACAGUCAAGAUGGCAUCACCACAGAGAAUCCGAACUCCCGUCACCGAUCUGUUCAAGAUCAAUCACCCUAUUUUUCUCGCCGGAAUGAACGUCGCAGCCGGCCCGAAGCUCGCUGCUGCUGUCACGAAUGCCGGCGGUCUCGGUGUUAUCGGAGGCAUGUCCUAUAGCCCGGACAUGUUGAGGGAGCAAAUUAACGAGUUGAAAUCGUAUCUCCAUGACAAGAAUGCGCCAUUCGGCAUCGAUCUGCUACUCCCACAGGUUGGUGGCAAGGCCCGCAAAACAAACUACGAUUACACGAAAGGAAAGCUCGACCAAUUAAUCGACGUCGUUAUCGAAUCGGGAGCCAAACUCUUCGUCUCCGCUGUCGGUGUACCACCCAAAGCCGUCGUCGACAAGCUACACAAGCAUGGCAUUUACUACAUGAACAUGGUCGGUCACCCGAAGCAUGUCCAAAAAGCGCUAGACAUUGGCUGUGACAUCAUCUGUGCGCAGGGUGGUGAGGGUGGUGGCCACACUGGAGAUGUUCCGACCACCGUCCUGAUUCCGGCGUGUGUGCAGAUUUGCAAAGGAAAAAAGAGCGUGGUAUCCGGCAAACAGGUCGAAGUCAUCGCCGCUGGUGGUAUCCAUAACGGUCAGAUGUUGGCCGCCGCGCUAAUGAUGGGCGCGGGCGCCGUCUGGGUUGGUACCCGUUUCAUCUUAGCCGACGAGGCUGGAGCGCCUGAAUCGCAUAAGGAGUCGGUGCGAACUGCCGGGUUCAACGACACAAUCCGAACCCUCAUCUUCACUGGACGGCCCCUACGGGUGCGGAAGAACCCAUACAUUGAGAAUUGGGAGACAGAGCGCCAAGCCGAGAUCAAGGAGUUGACUGCCAAGGGUAUCCUCCCCUACGAGCACGACCUAGAGAAGGUGGCGAACGGCACGGGCGAAGGCUCGGGCAAGGAGAGCGAAAGCGAAGAGGAUGCAGACGACUUGAUGGACCAGUUCCGGCCCUACUUGAUGGGCAAGUGUGCUGCGCUGGUGAACGAACAGAAGAGUGCAAAGGCCAUCGUGGAUGAAUUCAUUGAGGACGCCACGGCAAUGCUGAACCAAGGCACCAAGAUGGUGGCGAAGUUGUAAGAGAGAUAAGCCUGUUAGGGGGAAUCCUGCAAUAUUAAAUACCUUUGUAUAUAUCCACAGGCACCAUGUUUGAAGAUCAGUGUUGGCGCAGUGCGGUCCCUGUUAAGGACUUGAGCAGUAUAGUUGGGUGCGAUAGUUGUAUCAAUUUAUAUAGCAAUGUAUACAAAUUUACUUUCAA